GUGCCACCAGUGCUUCUGGACAAGCAGUUUUCAGAAUUCACACCAGAUAUAACACCCAUUAUUCUGGCUGCCCACACCAACAAUUACGAAAUCAUAAAGCUCCUUGUGCAGAAAGGGGUCUCCGUGCCUAGGCCACACGAGGUCCGCUGUAACUGUGUCGAAUGCGUCUCAAGUUCAGAUGUGGACAGCCUCCGCCACUCUCGAUCCAGACUCAAUAUCUACAAGGCUCUGGCGAGCCCAUCGUUGAUUGCUUUGUCCAGUGAGGAUCCUUUCCUUACCGCUUUUCAACUGAGCUGGGAGCUACAGGAACUGAGUAAAGUCGAAAAUGAAUUUAAGUCGGAGUACGAGGAACUGUCACGGCAAUGCAAGCAAUUUGCAAAAGAUCUCCUGGAUCAGACACGGAGUUCCAGGGAAUUGGAAAUUAUUCUUAAUUACAGAGAUGAUAAUAGCUUGAUAGAAGAACAAAGUGGUAAUGAUCUUGCAAGAUUGAAACUGGCAAUUAAGUACCGUCAAAAAGAG